CCUGCGAGGUUGCUAGUCAGCUAGGUGCACUCCAACCAACCACAUCAUUCGAAUUGUCAGCCCCUCGAAGAAUCCUCCUCUUGAAAUAUGUAAUUGCCAAUUCAUGCAAUCCGAUUCAUUCCGUGAGAGAAAUCGACGUACCGAGGGCGAUGCUGAGGUCCAGGACGAGGUUUCGUCGGAGCAUCUAGCGCAGUUGUCAGUCCACGAAAAGCUCUGGUACCGGGAGGCUCAGGCUCCUCUGGCCCGGUCGAGUGCGAAAAGCGAGCCAUUGAGUCGAAGGAAACAUACACCGGUGAUGGGUCGGACGGCCAUUGUGACUAGUUUACUUUUGCGAAGCUGUUCGGGCGAAGGAGCGAGGCUUUCGAGAGAGUAUAGAGGUGCUGGGGAGUUUCGAUGUGGUCAAGCAGGUCCAAGUUGAUUCCGAAGAUGGGCUGAUGUUAAUCGCGCUAGCACCCGAGUCACGUGUACGCUUAUCGUCCGGCGUUCCGGUUGAACAACGGCGAAUUAUGCGGAAAAGAAUCUCGCCCAUUGAAACGACCUUCAGUUGGAAGAUACAUAGAGAGUGGUCGGUUUGCAGAGCCCGACAACAUCUGCAACCAUGAGUCUCCGAUUUGCCGCGCGGCGGCUGGCAGUAUCAGGUACGGCAACGCUCAGCCCGCCUUCUUUGCAACUCAAUUGGCCCAGAAGCUACAGGGACUAAUCAAGUGCUUUUCUCUAUAGCAAGGACCGCACACCCUGUAUCUAGUACACCAGCUCCUGUUUUCUCUGCUGCUGUCGGACCCUCAGUACAACGACGGCAUAAAUGGGCUUCCAAUCUCUUCAAAGGAUGGGGCAAACCCCGGAAUAAAGACGCUGGAGCUUCACCCGCACAGGACCCUACAUCUCUGCUCGAUGACCCCAAGAGCCGUGAAGAAUAUCUACAGAAGAGCAUGUACAGUGGUGUGGAGGACAACAUUUUCCAGGACGAGAUCGAAAAAGUCAGUACCGACACCACCCCGGGUGCCCCCGAGAUCGAGCAAAAGACGAAAGAGAACAUGGCCAUGGUUGUGGACCCCGAUCCUCGAAGUCGAGUGCGUUGGCAGCGCAAGAAGGUUAUUCAGAUGGUUCGCCGCAACGGCCGUCUGACAAGAGACGAGCGCAUUCAGAUGUCAGAGCGCCAACUUCUGCACAAGAGCGAGUUCAUGCCCACAAGUGUCAAGAAACUCGUAAUGCUGGCCCGUCAAAUCGCAGGAAAGAGCGUCGAAGACGCCAUUGUGCAGAUGAAGUGGUCCAAGAAGAAGAUGGCAGCCGAAAUCGGAUAUUACCUUGAGGAGGCUCGAGAUUUGGCUAUUGCACAGCGUGGUAUGGGACUCGGAAAAGUCAACAAUGAGAUUUUGAAAACUCCCAAGAAGAUCCAAACAGUCGAUGGCAAAUGGAUUGAGAUUGAGGACCCUACGCGAAUGUAUAUCGCUCAAUCGUGGGUUGGGAGGGGUCCCUGGCGUGGGAAGAGAAUCGACUACAAGGGUCGUGGACGCAUGGGCAUCAUCAGACAUCCCAGCACAAGUCUAACGGUGUUACUCAAGGAAGAGAAGACAAGAAUACGAGAGUACGAGGAGCGUGUGGAAAAGAAGAAUAAGAAGGGACCCUGGGUGCAUCUCCCCAACCGACCAGUAUAUGGACAGAGGCCAUAUUACUCGUGGUGAAACCACGACUGCCAUCCGAAAAUGGAGUUAAAAAGAAGAGACGGAGUCUUCAAGCGUCACCAGAGGCCACCAUGUAAUUUCUCAUAGAAACUUGUAAGAUAUGUACAGUGAAUGGGAUGUACACUUGACUGAGAUUGACGUUUACACUCCAGUGCUAACUCGAUAUACUUUGCUGUGGUAUAUUGGCUCUGGCCUUAUGUUCAUAAAAUAAUCGUCUGACGUCGAGUUGGUUCAAAUCUUGUUGCCACUCAUGAUUAACAAAUCCAUCAACGUCCGCCCUUCGCUGGUAAA